AUGGCUGCGUCCGACUUGACCGCCGUUGUUGCUCCAAAGCGCCAGACCCACGGCUGGCGGUUCUGGGCCGUUUUCCCGGGCCUCUGUUUCUCCAUCCUGCUGGCCGGCCUAGACACAUCCAUCGUCGCAACGGCACUGCCCACCAUUGUCGCGUCUCUGCACUCGGGUGCCCUCUACGUCUGGGCCGUCAAUGGCUACUUUCUCACCACGGCAGCCGUACAACCCAUCGCGGGGCAACUCUCUGAUCUGUUCGGCCGCCGAAUGCCCAUGAUCCUCUCCAUCGUCUUCUUCGCGCUGGGCAGCGGACUCUGCGGCGGCGCUAGCAACACCGCCAUGCUCAUUGCCGCGCGACUCAUCCAAGGCAUCGGCGGCGGCGGUCUCUUUGUAAUGGUCGACAUCAUCGUGGCGGACCUGGUCCCGCUGCGCGACCGUCAAAAGUACAUGUCCAUCGUCAUGGGCACCUUCGCGAUCGGGACCUUCAUCGGACCCAUCAUCGGCGGGGUGAUUGUAUCCAACAUCUCGUGGCGCUGGGUAUUUUACAUCAACCUGCCCAUCGCCGGCGUCGCCCUCGUCCUCGUCAUCCUCUUCCUGCGGGUCAACUCGAGCCACCAAGGCACGCUGGCCUCGCGGCUCGCCCGCAUCGACUUCACCGGCAACAUCCUACUCAUGUCCUCCGUCGUCGCGGUGCUGAUCCCGCUGACAUGGGGCGGGACCCUCUACACCUGGUCGUCCUGGCACAUCCUGGUGCCGCUCUUCAUCGGGAUCGUCGGGCUCGCCGCCUUCCUCUAUCACCAGAAGCGGUACGCGGCCGAGCCGACGAUGCCGCUGCGCGUAUACGCGAACAGCACGUCGCUUCUCGCGUACAUCCUCACAUUCCUGCACGGCAUCGAAAUGUCCUGGCUGUCCUUUUUCUUGCCCGUCUACUUCCAAGUCCUGCUGGAAGCGUCCCCGCUGCGGUCGGGUGUUGACCUGCUCGCCAUCGUGAUACCCCUCAUGCCGGCGGGUAUCGCAGGGGGCAUCACGAUCGCGGUGACGGGGCGGUACAAGCCCACGAUGGUGGGGGGAUACGCAUUGCUGUCCAUCGGCGCGGGCUUGCUGACAACGCUGGAUGCGAAUUCGACGACGGCGGAGUGGGUCGUGUUUCAGGUGAUUGCCGGGGCGGGCGGCGGGUUGGCGUUGACGGCCACGCUGCCGGCGGUGCAGGCUCCGCUGGCCGAGGCGGAUGUCGCCGUGGCGACGGCGUCGUGGGCGUUUGUGAGGAGUUUCGGCAGCAUCUGGGGCGCGGCGAUACCGGCCGCCGUGUUUAAUUCCAGGGUCGACAGCUUGUUGCACAAGGUGAGUGACGAAGCCACCCGAGAUGUCCUGGCAAGGGGCGGGGCGUACGAGCAUGCGACGAGAGUGUUUAUCAAGUCGUUUGAUGGGAAUCCGGAGCUGAAGAGAGAGUUGUUGGAUAUAUACACGGCGGGCAUCCAGGAGGUAUGGCAGGUUUUGAUUGCGUUUACACUGGUUGCGGUGCCCAUUGCUGUGUUCAUCAAGGAGGUUCCGCUAAGAAAAGAGCUGGUGACGGAGUAUGGACUGAAGGAGGAUGAGGAUGGAGAGAAGCCAGAUCAGAGCGAUCUCAGCGUCGGUGCUACGGGCCGAGAGUCCAAUCACGAAGGCACGGAACUGAAGGCACUUUCUAAAAGGAGUGAGCCGAGCACUACAAAGCUGUAA